AGUUGUUGUUAUUGUGACGUCAUGAACACACCGCCGCAGCUCCGCCGUCUGUUGUGAUUCAGUUGAUUAAAGAUCUGCUCCUCCAUAUUACACAGUGAUCAUGAUUCACUGCUGUAGUGAAGACACUCCCACAGGAAUUCACCAAUAAAUGCUGUGGUUAUUUCCAUAAUUCGACAAGUGAAGAAAGAAAAAAGAUGGUUUAUAAAGAGGAACAACUCCAAGUGUGACCACUGAUGUCUACUGACAUAUUAUUCCAAAAAUGAAAUGUGUUAAAGAAGAGUUUAAAGAGGAGAGUGAAGACAUCAGUAUUACAGAAUCAUGCAGAAUGAAAAAUGAAGAUAUUGAGGAACGAAGAGAAUUGACAGAAGUAAAAGAAGAAAGUCAAGGACUGAAUGAUGUGGAGAAGAAACACCAUCAGUAUCAGACAUUUGAUAAUUUCAUUGUUGAAGAAUCUUCUACUGGCUCAAAGACUGAAAAUAAUUUAUCAUGGAAAAGAACUCUAAGAACAAGAGAGAAAAAGUAUUUUGCCUGCUCUCACUGUGGAAAGAGUUUUGCUACAAAACAAAUCCUUAAUGUUCACUUAAAAUUUCACACUGAAGUAAAGCCUUUCACCUGCAUUCAGUGUGGAAAGAGUUUUGUACAAAAAGGAGAUCUAAAGCGUCACAUGACAAUUCACACUGGAGAGAAAUCUUUCACCUGCUCUCAGUGUGGAAAGAGUUUCACACACGAAAGAAACCUUAACACUCACUUAAAACUUCACACUGGAGAGAAGCCUUUCUUGUGCUUUCAAUGUGGAAAAAGCUUUGCAGUUAAAAGAGGUCUUCAGGGUCACAUGAGAAUUCACACAGGCGAGAAGCCUCAUACAUGCCCUCAGUGUGGCAAGUGUUUCAUAGAGAAAGGAAAUCUUCAGCGUCACGUAAGAAUUCACACAGGAGAAAAGCCUUUCAAAUGCCUUCAGUGUGGAAAGAGUUUCAAGCAAUCAGGCUCUCUCACACUUCAUCUGCGCUCUCACUCUGGAUUAAAGCCAUUUAACUGUGAUCAGUGCGGCAUGACAUUUAUGUGGCCAUCACAACUAAAGGCACACGUGUCAACUCACACAAAUGAAAAGCCUUACGUGUGUUCUUUUUGUGGAAAGAGUUUCGUUUCUUCAUCAAUUCUUAAAGCACAUGUGAGAGUGCAUACCGGAGAGAAGCCAUACAAAUGCACUUCAUGUGGGAAGAGUUUCACCCAAUCAAAUAAUCUAAAGUUUCAUUUAAAAAAGGGCUGUCCAAAAUUGUUCUUGUGACCAAAGUUAGUUUUACUUUCAACACUUAGGUAUUUCAGUUUACUAGAUCUGAUUUAGUUUGAAAGUUUAAUAAUAAUAAUAACAAAUAAAGAACCACAAAUGUUAGGAACAGAAGUAUGCCUAUGCAUUCACUGCAAAAAUACAUGUUCUUGAUUAGUAUUUUUGACUUGUUUUCCUGUAAAAAUAUCUAAACAUUCUUAAAACAAGAUAUAUGCCCUAGGAAUGUGCAAGACUUGUUGUCUAAUCGGAACUGAUGCUGCUAGAUACUCAUUGACACCAGAAUUACUAGUCGUAAUUGUAUUUUUCCCAAUUAAACUGUUGAACAUUUUUACACAUUUAUAUUUGGCUUUAUAUUUUUACAAAGGCUGCGCUUAAAUUACUGUCCUGUUAAUGUUACAUUUGAAAUAUAAUUAAUAAUACGAUAAUUAAAAAGAGGAUAUCUGUAGCAGAUACAAAGUGUAAUUUCACCUCAGCCCUAGCAUGUUUCUUUAAUCUCUCACUCAUGGCAUGUGCAGGAAAAUGUCCUCUCGCAUGAAGAGCAGAGUAGCUUUGGAAAUCACUUCGGUGGUGGUGCAGGAAGAGGAUUUUUGAAACGUUGGAUUGCAAGUUGCCAUGAUGUUUUCACAUUUGAGUCUUCUCUACAUCUGUGCAUACUUGCAAGUUAUUAUAACACUGAAUGUGUUUUUUCAAGUGCAGGAUAAUCGCCUCAGGUGAGUCAGGUUCCGUCUUUCACCUGAUCGUGUUGACCUGUCGUGAAAUACGGGCAAAUUUUCGUGCAUUUUCUUUUUUUUGAGAAAAUAAGUUUGUCUUCACUGUAGUCAUUAAUAUUUGUAUAGCACUUUUCACAAUACACAUAGUUUCAAAGCAGCUUUAUAGAAAAUCAUGCCCUGUCUGAAAGCCCCAGUGAACAAGCUGAAGUGACAGCAAGGGAAAAAAACGUAUUUUAAUGUUAUUCAAUGGUUAAAAAAAAAAAACUUGAGAGGAACGUGACCUCAGUUUUUACGAUAUACAGUAUGUACAUUAUUUUUAAUAUGUACAUUAUCAUUAUUAUUUAGCAGCUUAAGCAAAACUCAAUCGGAACACAUUUGUAUUUUUAGUUUUGCCCUGUUUCCCUUUGCAUGUAAACUUUUCCGGCGUUUUUCCCUGCUUAUAACAUGUGCGCACGUGUUGUACCCAAAGCGGUUUACAUUUCAAAGUCAAAAGCAGAUAAUUAUAAGUCUCAUGUAAUCGCAGGUUUCUUAUGUUGUCGGUUUUUUGAAUAAGCUGUUUUUUGAUAAUUGUGAACUUAUUUGCGUAGCUGUGCAUGUCAUGCUCGGUGUUUGCUGGGAGAGUCAGCUGUUAAAUGUACCGCUGCUGUUUCUGCCUCACAAAUCCACAGAUUUGUAUGGUGAUACCGGUAUAAAUAAAAUGACAUUGUAGAGCGGAGGAGGGCUGGAACAACGCAUGCCCUGUCCCCAAUCAGUCUGAUGGGGGCGUGCGAGGGAUAAAGGCGGCCGGUGUCGACGGUUCGAGAGAAUUACAGUUUUUUAAAUUUAUUUCUUCAUUAAAUUAUUAUUUAUGUUGUCAAGCCGGUUCUGGCCUCCUCCUUUCCCUUAUACCCACUUUACAUUGGUGCCGAAAACCGGGACGGAGGAGGGAUGCACGUCGCGGAGUCCUCGACACUGCCGUCCACCCAGGGGGUCGGUCUGACUCCGGUCCGCCUGGGGUCCGCUUUACAGACAUGUUUGAUGUAAUGUAGCACCAGGAUAUGACAUCAUUGUGUGGCAGAUUUGACAAGCUGUACCGCUACAGUACAAUCUACUUGCCAUUUGCCAUCGACCUUCUCACAUAUGUACUGUAAGUUUGUUGCUCUGUUGUCCUGCGAGUGCUCAGUGCCACCUCUCGUGGUAAGAGACUGUUCUGCAGUUAUCAAUAUUGUGCUGAAUAGUUUUAAUUACACUAUAUUGUGUUUGUUUAUGAAUCGUAAGUGUUAUAACAUACAAUACAAUAUUUUUUACACCCCUACUGUAUACUGUAUAAAGAACCUCAACAGGGUAGUCAUUCACUGUACUGGACUGUACAUUAUACCACUUAUUACACAGCUACCUACCAAAUAAA